AGCACGCACUGAAUCGAUAUAAAAUAGUGCAUUGUAUUUGUAGUCAUUGACUAUUCAAUUAAACAAGGAUGAAAGUGUUGUUUUAAUUGUUAAAUCAGGAAAUAAAACGGGAAACGGAAAACCAUUAAUUGAAACGAAAACUGAAUCUUUGCUGUAAAAAAAAGAUGGCCAGUGUAGACAGACAGGAGAUAGGAAUUGAUAAUAUUUCAAUAAAUUCUGAAGAUGUCAUACAAAAAGAAGAAGAAAAGCCACCUUAUGAUGACGAUGACAAAGCAAAACACAAUGUAGAAGCUCGCUGCUCCUCGCAUGUUCGUAUGCUCGGAAACAUAGAUGAACAAUCUAACAGGAGAGGAAACGUUGAUUCUAGAAGCGUUAAAAUCUGUUCCAAACACAAAAACAAAGGUUCUCUUUGGUUGACCUUUGCUUUACGACUCUUCUUAUUUUCACCAAUAAAAUGGAAGGGCGGAGCUUGUUGGAUAAGCGUAUUCCAUCUAGCUUGGUUUGUUGUGUACAUCGUCAAGAUAUGCUACCUAACUCAUGUUACGUUUCAAAUAGGACAUUGUCGUGAACGCGUGAGCAGUAUUAUCGAGGAUGGCUACAUUGCCCUACAUCACACCUUGUUGCAAAAUUGGGACGCCAGUUAUGAGACAUUGCCUUAUCCCCCGUCCAUAGGAAAGUUUGCUGUGUAUAACACGGACGAUCUUCGAAAAAGAAUAAACUAUGCCGUGGAAAAUGUCUACAAUGCAGAAUCUGAGGCCACAGGAUACUUUAGAAAACUACCCGGCGAUGACAUAACUAUAUACGUUGUUUGCUUUGAUUUGAUAGAUGAUCCAGAGAAACAAACACUUAAAAACAUUCACACCAAUGUUCGGCGGAGUUUUAAACCAGACCUUGGAUUGUCAAAGCAUGAAAAAGAAGACGGCAAUACAUUAUACAGCUACAAUGUUACAGUGGAUCUCAAUAACAACAAUAUGUCCUCUGUUCUAGACAGGGCCCUGGAACUGAGGAUUGCAUUUUCUAUUCAUUCAUUGAGAGUGGACAGGUUCAAUAACGAUUUAAGGUGCCUUCAUAUAUAUGGAAAUGUGUCUUUCAAUGAUGAAGAUCACAAUGGUCAAGUGAACGUUAAUCUCUUUACUGACACUUUACCAAUUAGAUGUACAAAAAUGAAUUACUCUCUUACAGAUUCUCCACAAUGCAGGGAUUAUCACGGGAAAGUUGCACUUGGUGUCGAGAUACUGGCUUACGUUGCCAUUUGUGGUGAUUGUGUUAUGUUUGUAGGAGGAAUAAUCGCACUGAUUAUAACAUAUGCCUAUAUGCGAAAACAUUACAAAAGUAUCUACGGUGAGGCAGGAGGAAGGAAAAAUCUGCCUUGGUGUGAAUAUUUUGGAAAUGUGCAGUGGUGGCAUAUUCCAUCUAUCACAGGUGAUGUAUUCACACUACUGGGAGUCAGGUGGAUCAUAGACAAGCUUGGUGAUGAAAACGACCUGGAGAAUCAACCUUUGAACCAGUGGGACAAACAUGUUGUGUAUAUUGGCUCAGGCUGCUUACUCACUUGGUUUUCACUGCUUCGAUUCAUCAAAAUUAAUCACAAGUUCACAUUGUUGUUUAAGACCAUACAAAGAUCAGCCGUGGAUGUUAUCUUCUUCCUUGCCUGUGUUAUCAUUAUCUUUGUCGGAUUCUGGUCGUGUGCAUAUAUAGUUCUUGGACCGUAUCAUGUUAAGUUCCAAAGUCUCUCAACCACUGCAGAAAGUUUGUUUGCUAUGAUAAAUGGUGACGAAAUCUUUGCAUCGUUUGCGUUAUUACAAAAGGCCUACGUUGGAGACAUUAACAGAGUCUGGUUAUUUUCUAGGAUCAUCAUCUAUGGUUAUGUUACAAUUUUCACAGUUUUAGCCUUUAAUCUAUUGAUUGCCUUGUUCAACAGCGCAUACGAAGUCGUGAAGAACUCGUAUGAACAACAAAAGGAAACACGCAAGGAUUCGAUUCCAACCACACUGUCAUACUUUAUGUGUAUGGACUUCAGUACAGACCGAACCCCUGGUAUAUGUUGUAAGAUUUCGUACGACGAUCGCAAUGGCUUGUUCAAUUGUAGGCCGCACACGAUCAGUUGCUGUAGAAAUCGCGACUGCGCGUGUGGGCUAUUUAGCAAACUGAUCCAGUUUAUGUGUUUUAAAAUAUUCACAAUAUGCUGCUGCCAGUGUGAGACACAAGCAAGCGUUCCAGAAGAUAAUGAGUGUGAGGCAUGAAUGAAUAAGUCAGAUUUUCAUUCAAAAUUCAUGGACUCCACAAAAAUGUGAUGUUUUUUCCAAAAUUUACAUAUUUGGUUUUGUAUUUGGAAUAUUUUGGUGAAAUCAAUGACAUUGUCGUUGACAUUUCAAGUUUUUUACAUAGAUCUGCUCUGGUAUUGCAAGUUUUGAAACUUGAACUAGCGGUAAUAUCUUUUUCACAUCUGAUAACAUGCUGGACAUUUGUCUAGAUCUGUUUCGUGUAUGCCAAUUCUUUACUUUAGAUUUUGUUGAAUUAGAAUAAAGUCAACAGAAUUGA